AUGACAAUAGAUAAUCCAACUAUAACAACAACUAACAAUGGAACCAUUCAACUAACAAGUGACAAUUAUAUUAAUAAUAUAACAUUAAAAACUAAUGUAAAACCAUCAAGUCAAACUAAAACAAUUAAUAUUACAGAAAACGGUACUACUACUGUUACUCCAGAUAAUAAUAUACCGUAUUUAGACUCUGUAAUAAUAAAUACAAAUGUACAACCUACAGAAGAAACAAUAAAUAAAACAUAUACAGAAAGUGGUUAUUACGAAAUAAAAAAAACAGACAAUUACUACUUAAAACAAGUAAAUCUAACAAUAAAUAUACCUCAAAUAAAUGGAAUAAAUUACUCAUUAGAUGACUCAUCAACUUACGAUUUAACACCACAAGGAAUGACAAUAAACGAAAUACAAAAUGCAGCACAAGAUACAACAAUAUUCCCAACAGAUUUAACAUAUACAAACAAUGUAGCACUAAUAAAACCACUAGGAACAUACCCAAUAAGAAUUGACACAACAGGAGCAGGAGAUACAACAAUAAUAAAACAUAAAGAUGGAGGACUACAAAUAGAAGAAGGAGCAGACGGAAAAACUUACAGAUUUUAUCCAGAAAAAAGCUAUUGUUAUUUAAUUAAAAACGCAGAUACUAUAAGACUCAUGGAUCAAAACAAUACUCAUAUGUUCUCAGCUACAAUGAAAGCACAAUCAGAUACAAUAGACAGUCUAUACAUAACAGACUCCUUACUAUUAACAACAUUUAAAAACGCAUUCUUUCCAACUUAUUAA